AUGGUGGUGGCAGGAGUGAAGCGGAGGCAGGAGUCAGGUGUCACUCCUCUCCACAUCGCCGUGGUGACGCAGAACAUCAACCUGGUUCGUCAUCUGAUCGGUCGUGGGGCUGACGUGGCUACACCGCGAGUCACCGGUCUGUUCUUCAGGAAGAGUUUACGAGGACUCGUAUACUACGGUGAGCACAUCCUGUCUUUUGCUGCAUGUGCUGGGAACAAGGACAUUAUCUCCAUGUUGAUCGACGCAGGAGCCAGCACCAGGGUCCAGGAUGACCGUGGUAACACAGUGCUUCACAUUUUGGUUCUGCAGCCCAACAGGACGAGUGCGUGCCAGGCUCUUGACCUGAUUAUGGCACGCGAUGCCGAGCUGGACCAGCUGGUGCCCCUCGACAUGAUGCCCAACAACCGAGGCCUUACAACUUUUAAACUGGCUGCCAAAAAAGGAAACACUGUGGUGUUUCAGCACCUGGUUAAUAAAAGGCGUGUGGUCCAGUGGAGUAUGGGCCCCCUGACCUCAGUGCUGUACGACCUGACGGAGAUAGACUCAUGGGCCGACAACAUGUCAGUGCUGGAGCUCAUCGUGGUCUCUCCCCUGAGAGAGCCAAGAAGGAUACUGGAGCUGACUCCUGUGAGGCAGCUGGUCAACCUGAAGUGGAACAUGUAUGGAAAACAUUACUUCAGGGCCCUGCUGUUUCUCUACCUCCUGUACAUCUGGAUCUUCACAGUGUGUUGUGUAUUUCGCCCUAUUAAGGAAGCUCCAGAAAACUACACAACAAAUCCCAACGACAAAACCGUCAUGAUCCAGAAAACAUUAAAUGAGAGUUACGUGACACAUGCGGACCACGUGCGGCUGGUGGGUGAGAUAAUCAGCGUCCUGGGAGCUGUUGUCAUCCUGUUGCUGGAGAUCCCUGACAUGCUGAGAGUGGGGGCAAAGCAUUAUUUUGGCCAGACAGCACUGGGCGGCCCCUUCCACGUUACCCUCAUCAGCUACGCGUGCCUGGUGGUGCUGCUGUGUGUGUUCAGAGUCUGCUCGGUGCAGGCGGAGGCGGAGGUGAUGGCGAUGUGUUUAGUUCUUGGCUGGACCAACAUCCUGUUCUUCGCCCGAGGUUUUGAAAUGCUCGGCCCCUAUGUCAUCAUGAUACAGAAGGUUAUGUUUGGAGACCUGAUGAAGUUUUUGUUCCUGAUUGUCAUUGUGGACAUUGGUUACGCCAACGCCCUGUGGAUGGUGUAUAUGACUCAGGAGUAUGGCACCCUUAAUGAAUAUAGCUCCUACGCCAGCACCCUCUGGGUUGAGUUCGAGAUCAACUUGACCCUAAUAAAUAUGCCGGAGAACCCUACCUUCAUCACCGCCUUGAUAGUCUACGUGGUGCAGGUCGCCUACACUAUCUUCGCCUUCGUCCUUCUGUUGAAUCUACUGAAAGCCAUGAUGUGCGCAACGCGAUGGAGGGUGGCCCAGGAGAGAGACGAGCUGUGGAGGACUCAGGUGGUGGCUACGACUCUGAUGCUGGAGAGGCGGCUGCCCCGCCGCCUGUGGCCCCGGCUCGGGAUGUGUGGGCUCAGCUACGGCCUGAGCGAUAGCUGGUAUCUCAGAGUCCAGACGGACCAGAACCAGAACCAGAUGCCGCAGAACCAGAACCAGAACCAGAACCAGGACCAGGAGCUGCAGUUCAUCCGAGCAGAGCUGCAGAAGCGCAGGACUCUGAUCCAGAAGCUGAUUCAGAACCGGACCCGGACCGAUUCAGGCUCACAGGUCUUCAUCUGA